CCAUUCCUGAGGAGCAUUUAACUUGAGCACAGCCGGGUGACAAUCUGGGGUGUUUUUUCAUCAUCUGCCGAAUAGGUGGGAAGAAGACUCGAUUUUUGGAGAGCAGAAAAAGAAGGUAUCAGCUUGCUUUCCAUCUGUAAAAGAGUAAUCAUGAAGUGUCGUGGAUUUGAGUCGACAACAGCCGACAGAGUGGAUAAAGAGUCCAAGAUGCAUCUGCUCAAAGAAUCACCGGUGAAAGAUCACGUCUUCGUCAAACCUCAGUGUCACCAUGCUGACAUGCCUGAGUUGUCCUCACCCAAGAGCAUCAACAGUCCUUUCCACGACAAGGAAAACAGGACUUACAGUGAGCUGAAUGACACGACGCUGGACUCUGUCCUGGACGACAGCGGCUAUCUUUCUCUACAAAACAGUCGGGUGUCUGUCAGUGCGACGGAGGAGAGCAGCCACCUUCUGGGAUCAGCCUCCAACUCUCCGUCACACAGGGGGGUCAGUCCCAUCUGCCCGGUGUCUGUGGCGACAUCCUUCACGCCUGUGCAUUGUUCCAAGAGGAGGUCACCGGUGUUCUCGCUUUCGUCAACGCCAUCAAAUCAAUAUGAUGACCCAAACCUGCCCAUAAGGAAGUUUCAACAGACUGUGUGUCAAGAACUGGCAAAGGGCUUUCAGAAGAAUAAGAAGUACGAUUGGAGCAUCGUAUCGAAGGUGGCAGAGGAUCAUCUUCUGGAUCGUGUGAUCGGGCGUCAGAUGGGUCUGGAGUAUGUCGACAUGUUUGAAUCGCUGUUGUCCAGGAACAUGAGAACCAUUCUAACCAACAUCCUGGCUCUGCUGGGAGACAUGGAUCUCAUUAGCUGCAAAAAAGUCAGCCGGACGUGGAGGACGAUCAUCUGUGAGGAUGCAGCAGCCGAGAGCAGAUGCAAGCUGGCUGAACAGUCUCUCAGGGAGUCAAGAAGCUCUCUAAAAAAGAGAAAUUUGACAGGGGAUGUGUCAAGGGUGGUGCUGUCCUGCAUGCAGAGCCUGUCCUCCGUCGCUAAUUCAUCAUCCUCCUCAUCAAGCUGCAGGACCAGCAGAGGGUCUCUUCCCACUCAGAGUUCACGCUUUGAUAAAUAUUUGGAAGCUGCCAGGAAUCUGAAGACGCACGAGUCCCUGCGUCCUUGCAGACGCUGCGGCUCGCCCGCCGUCCACUCGGCUGAGGUCCAGAGGGCCACCUGCACUCGCCCCAGCUGCCUUUUCGACUUCUGCAGCUGCUGUCAGGAGGCGUUCCACGGCUCGACUCCCUGCAGGACGGUGAUGCCCCGAUCUCCCCUGUCUGCCCCCAGGGUGACCCAAAAUACCCCGGGGAACGCACGCAGCAAGAGGAGCAUCCGGCGCUUGUGAUGAAGAUCCACUUUUUCUUUUUUUUUUUUUUUUUGUUUGUUGUCCUUUAGGACAUCUGAAAGACUUGAAGAGAACUCUGUAUGACCAAACCAGUCUCUCAUGGGGAUAUUAGACUUUAAAGAUCUCUGCACCUUGGACUUACUGUUACUGCUGGGUUUGUGCUGCGACUCCUUGUAAUGACCUUUCCAGACCUGUUAAUGCCAAAAAAUCUUACCAAAAUCGAACCUUGGGGCUGAGGGGGUCGAAGCACAACUUAAGCUAUAAGUAUAUUGUACAUUGUAAAGUUUUUAUCAUGUUUCACAAUAAAAUGAAAUACUUUUAUAGUUAUAU